AUGUUCAAAGCAUUUUCAAAAACCUUCAUCGGCAGCCACCACCAUCUUCUCAGCUUCAAACCCUUCCCGAAAACCUCAUUCCACCACCAUACUGCUCUCCUAGCCAUGUCCACAGCUGCCGCCGUCAAGCGCCAUUUUGGUAAGGAGAUCAUAGCGAAGGAGCUUCAAGUGGAUGAAGAGCAUCCAGAUGUGCACCGAUUGUUUCUUGUGAUUUAUAAGAGCUUCAUGGAGGCAAUUGAUGCCGUUGACAAUGGAAUCAAUCGGUACGAUACCGACCAGCCCCCAAGAUAUGUGAACAAUACACACUUGUCUUCACGUGUUGGAAAACUGAAUUUGGAUUGGAUAGAUCCUGAUCAGUCUUCUGAGAAGGAAAAUCAGGCCUUUGCAAGAGCAAUGGCUCUUGCUGGGGGAGAGUUUUUGGAUAAUGUGCGAAGUCAUGCAAGAUCAUGGCUACCGGCUCGUUCAAUUGUGAUUGAGUGUCUUGAAACGAGGCUGGAUGUUGAUCCCAGUGGAGAAAUUAUGGUCCUCAACAAAUUUUGCCCGUGGAAGCUUCACUUGUUCGAGCUUGAGGAAGAGUUGAAGAUUAACCCACCUAUCAAAUAUGUGAUUUACCAGGAUGAACGGAGCAAAAGUUGGCGAGUCCAGGCAGUGGCUAUAGCACCCGAUAGAUUUGAGAGCCGAAAAUCGCUCCCUGCCCAGUGGUGUGGUCUGAGGGAUGAUGAGCUGUCCAAGGAGUCGGGAAUUCCUGAUGGGGUUUUUGUGCACAUGAGCGGAUUCAUUGAUUAUUAG